AUGUUGACGGACGUCAUCCGAGGCAAAGUCAGCGUCCAACAGGCGACGCUGGCUAUCAACAUUUUACAACUGUUUCUCAGGCAGGCACCCAUGAUGGCGCAAUCGGCGUUCAAUGCGCGCUCGGUCUUCUCCUCGGAAGGUAAGCGGUCCAUCGGUCGCGGCCUUGAAUUAUGGCGUGGGUUCUACCAGAGCAUCCGUCCUACUGUGGGCAAGAUGGUCGUGAACAUCGACACUACCACGUCUGCCAUCUAUUCGAGUGUUCUGCUUCCCGAAUUCGCCAUGGAGUUCCUGGGCAUCAGGGAUGUCCGCGAACUCACGCGCCUAACGCCUCAGAAUCCUCAAUGGAAGAACCUGAAGGCUGUGUUGAGAAACGUCAGAAUCACCACAGUCGUCCCCGCUCACAGUGCGCGGCGUAGUCGUGUGAUCAAAGACCUCGUUCCACAUGCGGGCGAGUAUGAGUUCGAUAAGGAUGGGGUUGGCAUGAUCAAAGACUAUUAUCGACAGACGCAUCAGAAGACCGUAACUCAGCCAAUGCUUUUCGGCGUCAAGAUCAAUUCCACCGCGGUCAUUCCUGCUGAGUUCUGUCAGAUCGUCAAAGGGCAAAUCUACAAGAAGAAGGUACCCCCGGAGCUGAUGAAACAAGUCUUGGACUUUGCAGUCAAGCCACCAACAGAACGCCUCAACAACAUCUUGGAUGGUGUCAGAGGAAGAGUGAGUGACCCGAUAUUUGACACUUUUGAACUUCUAGUGUUCAACGUUUUUGGACAGUUCCUGAACUAUUCCCAAUCCGACUUCAUCGGUAGGAUCGGUAUGCAGAUCGACGAAGCACCCAUGAUGAUUCAAGGCAGACAGCUCCCUUCACCAGCUAUACACUACGGCAAUCAGGUCGUGAUUAACCAGAUUGACGGACGCUGGAAUGUGAAAGAGCAACAAUUCUUUCGACCAGCAAAGCUGAACCGCUGGGGAGCCGUGGACCUCAGUGGUUCUCCUCAACAAACCCUACGGACAUUUUUGAAGAACCUCUACGACUGUUGUCAAGCUUUGGGCCCUAAUCCGCCAAGCGUGAUCGACCAGAUAAAUCCAAGCGCGGAUCUCACAAAGUCUCUGAACGGACUGCGUGCAACCCAUCAACUUAACUUGUUAGUUGUCGUCCUCCCCGAUAACGCGGCAGAUCUUCGCAGGGGGGUUAAAGUCUGGGGUGAUUCAGUCGCGGCCUGUGCGACGCAGUGCGUGAAACGAGGAAAGAUCCUGAACGCCAAUGACCAAUACAACAAUAAUGUGGCCCUCAAGAUCAACACUAAACUCGGAGGCAUCAACAACUCCGUCGUAAGUCAAGCACUGAAUGACCUUCGUAAGAAGCCAUUCAUGGUUGUUGGUGCCGACGUUGGCCAUGCGUCGGCCGGGACUCAAAGGCCAUCUAUCACAAGUUUGGUCGCAUCGUAUGACCGCGAUUGCACACAAUAUGCGGCAUCUAUUCGUGUGCAAGCGCCGAGGCAGGAAAUCAUAGAGCACCUAAAAGAAAUGAUGGUGGAUGCGAUCAACUAUUUCGGAAGCCAAAAUCAAGUGGUGCCAUCCAAAAUUAUCUUCUACAGAGAUGGAGUAUCGGAAGGAGAGUAUCAGCAGGUUCAAGAUAAGGAGACGAAGGCGAUCCAAGCGGCGUUUGACAGCAUUGUCGAGCAGAGGAUGAUAAAGGAUGCCAAAUUUCAGCUCAUCUUCAUCGUCGUUGGAAAACGUCACCAUAUUCGUUUCUUCCCCGAGAGGAGCGACAGACGAGACACGACGGACAAAAGCGGCAAGAUGCCGGCCGGCCUGGUGGUUGACGAAAAGAUCACCAGUCCAUACGUCCCUCUCGGAGACUUCUACCUGCAGUCGCAUGUUGGUCUCAAAGGCACGAGUCGGCCUGGUCAUUACAUCAUUCUUCAGAAUGACCCCGCGUUUUCCAUCCCAAAGCUUCAAGACUUGUCUUACGCGCUGUGUCAUUCAUAUGCACGUGCUACGAGAUCGGUUUCCAUACCUGCUCCAGUAUAUUAUGCCGACAUUGUGUGCUCACGCGCUGCCUUUUACUUUGAAGACAACCUUCACUUCGACUCCGAUGUGGCAAGUAGCAGCAACAAACCCUUCGAUCUCGAAGAUUGGAAGGCUGGUUUCAAGAAGGUCCACGCCAAUAUCAUCUCGAAAAUGUUCUUUGUCUAGGCAGUCUCAAGUCCUUGGCGGUGGUGGCUAUAAGAUAGCAGGCCACGUCCAUUCCAAUGCCUGGUCGAGUCAAGUGUGUUCAUGUAUGUGUUUGCGUGUUUGAAGUAUCCGUUGUGUACGAUUCGAUCGAAUGUAUCGUCAAAUGUGUUUUCCGAAUGUAUCAGUGUUGCACGAACU